CUGGAGUGACUGCAUUUUGUGCAAACCAUGAUCAACUGAGCCCUUUUGUCUAGAGAAUGGAGGUGUCGUUGCCUUCAGUUGCUCAAGAAUUGCUGCGUGAGAUAAAACAAUCUUACCAAGAAACUUCACAAAUUUCCGAUGAUCAUCUACUGGGGUUGAAGUUUAUUUUUGGGCCCACGGCCUUGUAUGCCUUAGAUUUAGUAGAUCAGCGUUCAGUCACACAUGUGACUAGUCCCAGUGGACGGAGCACUUUCCAGGUUACCGGCAGUUCUGGUAAGAUGUACAUCUGUUACAAGGCAUGCCAUUACUGUUCCUGUCCUGCCUUCACUUUCUCUGUACUCAGAAGAAGCGACAGCAUGCUGUGCAAACAUAUUCUUGCCAUCUACCUCAGCCAGGCGAUAGGAGUGUGCCAGGAAAUGACGGUGUCCGACAUGCAGAUGAGUGACAUUCUACUGGCCAAAGAAGACUGAAGUGCCAAUUUCAUCUGCAGUGACUUCUUUUCUG